UUGGUACACAAUGUGGUUGGGUUGGGCCCUUUGGGGAGGGGUUCCCACUCGCAGGCGCCGAGGAGCACGUGAUGAAACCCGCGUUUAAGCGGUCCUAUUCCCAAACGGUCAUAUUUUCCCUUCUUUAAAUUUCAAAACCCCCAUCCCACUCCCUCACUGGAUCUCUGGAUCGCUCUCUCUCUCUCUCUCUCUCUCUCUGGCUCAAACGAUCGUGUUGCGUUCUCUCUGUGUGCGUCGGAAUUCGAAGCCCAAUUCAAAUUUGUUGCUCUCUCUCUCUCUCUCUCUCUUUCUCGCUUGAUCUCUCUCUGAGCAGAAAUUGGAAGCUCGAUUCAAAUUUGGGGACGAAUACAUCCUCUUCUCUGAGCAGAAAGUCAACGACUUGUUCCCAGUUCCAGAAAGCACACCGCUUUCGUCUGUUUGUCUUGUGUUUCGUGAAGAAAUUGGAAAAUUGGAGAUGAGGGGUCAAGAUUUGAGGCCCACUGUCUCUUCUCUCAAGCGUCCGCGUUUCCAUGAUUCCGAUUCCGAUGAUGCCGUUACGGUUUUGGGUGAUACGGUCAAGAGGCAGAGGACUCAUGAUUCGGAUGAUGAUCUUUUGGUAAUGGAGGACUCGAUUAGGGAGCUUGAUGAUCUACUUCAUCACGAGGGGUCCUCAAGCGGCACCACCGAAGCAAAUGAUUGCUUGGAUGAUGAUCUGUUAAGAUCCUUAAUUGACGAGAUUGAGCUUCUGCCUGAUUCUGCUGUUGCGGCCUCUGCUGCAGACGAGGCUGCCGUUGUGCCUCGGCUGACUACUCUGUUGAAAAUCAAUGUCAAAGUUAGGUAUGGAAAAUUAGGCAAUGUUAGGCAUGGUUGAAUAAAAAUAAAUUAGGUGCAAUUAAUAUGUUUUGUGUGGUAAUAAAUAAUCUUAGUUUAUUCA